AUGGUAAAACAAAUAAACGAUAAUCAUGAAUCUGCUCCAAAACCACCGUCAUUACUUGUUGCUGCCCAUUGUGCAACACUACGUCGUAAAGCAACACGUAUUGAUGUAAAUGAACUAUCAUCUAUACUCAAUGAUUGUGUACACGAAGCGUAUUCACAUAAAUGCCCGUUAAAAACAUAUUUGAAUUCUUUAAAUGAAAUAGUUACAACAUUAUCUUCAAAUUUUCCAUCAGCAUUACUUGAAAUAAGUUCACAUUAUUUUUUUACUCUCGUCCGUAACACAGUACAACUUCUUUUAAGUGAAUUACAUACAUCAAAUGAAUUAAAUAAUCAAGAAAUUUAUAUUUUACGUAAUUGUACUGUAUUUAUUUAUCAGAUAGCUAAGAAAAUAGAUAAUGUAUCAAAAAUAAUACAUUGGAUUACUGAGGAAACAUUUCUUGAUACUUUAGCAAAUUGUUUAAUUCAUAUAAAUAAAAUUUCAAAAGCAAUUGAAAAUGAACAUAUAAUUAAACAAAUAACACGUUUAUUAAAUAUAAUGUGUCAUAUUCAACAACAUUUACCCAUAAAUUUACAUCAGAAUUUAUUUGCACGAUUACUUCAACCGACUAUUACUUGUUUAACAUCAGAAAAUUAUUUUAAAUUAUUUAGCAAUUUACAAGCAAAAGCAGGUUCACUUACAGAAAGCCAAAAAUUGUUCCUUAUUAAAUGUCCGUAUUUUCUUACUGGUUAUAAUGGACCCUGUGUUGAGAAAGCCAUUGAACAUGUGUUAGAAAUAAUGUUACCACGUUAUGUAUCAAUACUUGAUAAACAUAUGAAAACCAUUAAAGAAUGGCGAAGUUCAAUGAUGCGUGCUAUUCAUAAUCUUAUUAUAACUAUUGUUUAUGCUGACGGCUAUUUUUCAUCCCAUACUCAUAAUAAAUCAUUUCGAUUACUUAUUAAUCAUCUGCUAUGUCUUCUUAGUGAAACGAGUUUAAUUAAGAAAAUACAUCCAAGUGCAAACAAUUUAGAAACCUUAUUGAUUGAUGCAACACUGGUCGUUUUUAGUGUACUAGUUUAUGAACCCAAUGCAUUGGAUUAUAUUAAAAAACUUAAACCGAUAGCAAUUUUUCGACAACUAACAACAACAUCUCAUGAAACUAUUGUUUUAAGUGCUUAUAUGAUGCUUGUAUAUGUAGUGGAUGAAAAUGACAUUGAAAGAGCAGUGGGCAACUUGUCAAAUUUACUUUCGACAACUCUAUAUUUGUUAGGAAAAGAAAUAGAAACUCGUCAUCAUCCAAAUGUAUAUGAGAAUUCUAAUCGAGAAAAUAACGAUCGAAAUAUAAUACAUCUUCUUGAAACAUUAAAAGGUUUAGCACCAUAUGAGCAAAUUCAACAUGACAUAUUAAAAUACAGAAUAGUAUCACAUUUAAUGUAUUAUUACGAAAAAUUACAUGGAUUAUCAAAAAAAUUAUUACUUGAAUGUUUUUGGACACUAUCAUUUAAUGAACAAAUAGCUCAACAAUUACGUGAACAAUCACAAUUUAUUCUUUCAUUAGAUAAUAUACUACGGUUUGUUAGCGAUGAUAAUCAACAAAAUACGAUACGCCCUUCAAGUAAUUAUUAUAGUCGUCAAAAUGGUACUGUUAUAGCGUCAAUCGAAGGAACAAACAAUGGCAUACGAGAAGUGGCUGAUGGACUUCUUUGGAAACUUGUUAACGAACCUGAAUUUCGAGAGAAUAUUAUUGAGAAAAUGAAAAUGCGAGCGACAACAAAAAUUGCAACUGAUACUCAAAAUUAUAAAUAUGAUAUAAUGAUUUCAUAUUGUUGUGCUGACAAAGAUAUUGUUCAUAAAAUUCAGAACUUUCUCACUAAUGAAGGUUAUAAUGUUUGGUUUGAUAGUGCACAUAAUCACAGAAACGCUAUGGAAGUCGUCGCAGAUGCAAUAGAAAAUUCUCAAUUUGUUAUUCUAUGUAUGUCAGAUUCGUAUAAACGCAAUAAUAAUUGUAAAGCUGAAGCGGAAUAUGCAUUUAAUUCCAAACGAUUGAUUCUUCCGUUGAUUAUACGUACUGGCUACAAACCUAAGGGAUGGUUAGCGUCUAUGAUAAACAACAGUACCUAUAUUGAUUUUGCAGGAUCUGAUUUCAAAACUGCAUCCACAUGGCUCUUAGAAAAAGUAAAACAACAACAAUGUAAGAGAGAAAUUCCAGUUCACAGAUCAAAGGCAUCGACACUGUUCAACAUCGCACACAAUUCAUCUGUACCCUCGGCUGUUUCUAAUAAGUCUCAUGCACCUGUUGAGUCUUUGACUGUAACUGGUUCUACUAGUUGCGUACCAAAUCAUUUUUCAUCUGUUCCCAUCGAUAAACAACAACAAAUGUCACCAUCUACAACCUUAGGAACAACAAUAGCUGAUGUUGACUCUUCCAUAAUGCCUGAUUUGAUUGAAAAACAACAGAAAAAAUCGAAGCGUACUACUUUACCACCACCACCACCACCACCAAUGGUUAGUUCGAUCCCAACUAUCAAAUCUAUUGGUAUUGUUGAAACAGAGCAAGCUCAAACCCACACUGUUGUAGGGCUACCAACAUCUAGCGUUACGCCUUCCACAACUUCUAAUAAUGAUAUGCAGCAACAACCAAUACAGAAGCAUUUUGUUUCACCAUCAACAACAUCUAGAUCCAUGGCCUCCACUACAUCUGACGAUAGCGGACAAAAACCACAAAUAUCAAUGCUUUCACAUUCAACUUCUUCGACACUUAACGCUGACACUUCUACUAUGACUUCAGGUGUCAAUAAACAAUACAAGCAGCAUAAAAUAACAGACUAUUCGAUUUCACAACCACCAACAUUUGAUUCCAUUCUUUCUAUCGAAUCUUUUAUUGCUGAAAAACAACAAAAACAACACCAAUACCGCCAACAACAACGAAUGGCAGUGAACUCUGUUCUUCAAUCAGCAACAGCUAGUUCUGUCUCCUCUAACCUUGCUGCCACUGUUGAGAAACAGCAACAGCGGAAACUUAUUUAUCCUGCAUCAACACCGCUAACUACUACAUCUAUCACUUCUCAGAUCACAGAGUCACAGCCAAAGCUAACAGCAACACCGUCUCCUUCACCAUAUUCCAUAUAUGGCUAUAGGUAUUCUACUGCAUCGAAUGUUGUUGAAAAGCAACAAUCAUCGAAAAGAUGCUAUUCUGUUUCAUCAGCACUAACCCCAGCAUCAAGUUCCUCUGACAUAACUGCAGAUUUUGACGACAAGCGGCACCAAAAAACUACUUCUCCUGUUUUAAUGCGCUCAACAUCUUCUACUGUUUUUUUUGACGCAUCUUGUAAUGUUGAGAUAAAGCAACAGCAAGCGCCAGUACCUCCCAAACCACGAACUUCAACGAUUAAUGCCCAGUCCUCUAUCGCAUGUUCUACUUCUAUUCAGCAACAACAGCAAACAAAGAAAACUAUCACAGAAUCAUUCAAAAAUGACACUGCUCCUCCUGUUAGGUUCAUCACCAUCGAUAAUGAGCAACAACAGCCAAUAGAAAUAAUUCCUAUUUCUCAAUCUGCAACAUCUAGUUCCAUACCUUCUGACGAAUCUAUCAGUGUCCACAAACAGCCACAACAACAAACGCUAGGAUAUUUUAUUUCAUGUCCGCCAAUUACGACCAACACUGUACUUCCUACUACAUCUACAAUUAUUUCUCAACCGCAGCAGCUACCAGCAACUCAUCUUGUUCCACAGUCUCUAACAAAUAACAAUACUUCUUCUGCUUCAACAUCUACCGUUGAUAAACUAAAACAGAAGACACAACUUCGUCCUAUUUCACAAUCCCAAAUAUAUGAUUCGAUCUAUUAUGAUACAUCUGUUUUCAUUGAUCAACAACCACAGCUAACGCAAAUGUAUUCUGCUUCACAACCACUAACAAAUAACACUGUUUAUUCGGAUUCACCGAUUAUCAUCGACAAACUAAAGCAAAAAACACAAAUACGUCCGGUCUCACAAUUGCAAACAUCUGACUCCGUACCAUCUGAUACAUCUGUUCGCCUUGAUCAACAUCCGCAGAAAACACCAAUGCAGCCUAUUUCACAAUCGAUAGCAAAUAAUACUGUUUCUUCAGCUUCACCUAUUGUCAUCGAUAAACUACAACAGAACGCUCAACUUCGCCGUGUUGCACAAUCACAAAUAACUAGCACGUUCCCUUCUGUCCCAUCUGAUAUCCUUGAUCAACAACCACAGUUAACAGCCGUGCAUAAUGUUUCACAACAGUUAAAAAAUAACAAAUUUUCUCCUCCUCCACCUGUUAUCAUCAACAAACAGCAGCACAAAACACAAGCUCGUCCUGUUGCACAAUCACAGGCACCUAGCUCUGCCUCGUCUGCUACAUCUGUUUGCCUCGAUCAACAACCAAAAGUAAUACCAAUGCAUUUUGUCUCACAACCGUCAACAAAUGGUACUGUUUCCUCUGCUCUAACUACCAUCACCGAUAAACAACAACAGAAAAAACAGGUACAUCCCAUUUCUCAAUCACAAGCAUGUGACUCUGUCUAUUCUGGUACAUCUGUCCAUCUUGAUGAAGAAUCGCAGUGGACAUCAAUGCAUCUUGUCCCAGAACUGUUAGCAAAUGACACUGUUGCUUUUGCUGCAGUAAACACUAUGGGGAAACAACAACAGAAAACACAAGUUCGUCCUGUUUCACAAUCACAAAUAUCUGGCUGCACGCCGUCCGCUACACAUAUUCGUUUUAAUCAACAACCACAUCUAACACAAAUGCAUUGUAUUUCGAAACAGUUAAGCAAUAACACCGUUUAUUCUGAUUCAGCUGUUAUUAUCGAUGAACUACAAGAAGAAACACAAAUUCAUCCUGUUUCACAAUCACAAACAUAUGAGUCGGCCUAUUCUAAUACAUCUGUCCGCCUUGACCAAGAAGCACAAUGGACAUCAAUGCAUAUUGUUCCGGAACUGUUAACAAAUGAUAUCGUUGCUUCUGCUUCAGUAAAUACUAUCGAAAAACAACGACAGAAAAAACAAGUACAAUCUGUUCGAGAGUCACAAACAUAUGACUCUGGCUACUCUGAUACAUCUAUUCACCUUCAUCAAGAAGCGCAAUGGGCAUCAAUGCAUCUUGUUCCAGAACUAUUAGCGAAUGACACUGUUGUUUCUGCUUCAAUUAACACUAUCGGAAAACAACAACAACAACAACAACAACAGAAAACACAAAUUCAUACUAUUCCACAAUCACAAACAUAUGACUCUGGCUACUCUGACACAUCUACCAACCUUGAUCAAGAAGCGCAGUGGGCAUCAAUGCAUCUCGUUCCAGAACUGAUAGCGAAUGACACUGUUGUUUCUGCUUCAGUAAACACUAUCGGAAAACAACAACAAAAAAAAACACAAGCUCCUCCUGUUCCACAAUCACAAACAUCUAGCUUAUUUCCUUCUGCUAGUUGUGUUCGCCUUGAUCAACAACCACAACUAACACAAAUGUAUUCUGCUCCACAAAUGCUAACAAAUAACACCGUUUAUUCUGAUUCAGCUGUUAUUAUUAAUGAACUACAAGAGAAAACACAAAUUCAUCCUGUUUCACAAUCACAAAUGUAUGGCUCUGCUUAUUCUGGUACAUCUGCUUCCCUUGAUCGACAAUCACAGCUAACACAAAUGCAUACUGUCUCACAACAGCUAAGAAAUAACACUGUUUCUUCUGAUUCGCCUGUUAUCAUCGAUGAAUUACAAAAGGAUGCACAAAUUCAUCCUGUUUCGCAAUCACCAACAUAUGACUCGGUCUAUUGUGAUACAUCGGUUGACCUUAAUCAAGAAGCACAGUUGACACCAAUGUAUUUUGUUUCAGAACAGUCAACAAAUAAUACUGUUUCUUCUGCUCCAAUUGACACAGUCGGUAAACAACAACAGAAAACACAAGUUCGACCUGUUUCACAAUCGCAUGCUACAUAUGUCCAUCCUGAUCAACAAGCGCAACGAACACCAAUGCAUUUUGUUUCACCACCGUCAACAAAUAACACUGCUUCUUCUGCUUUAUCUAAUGCCAUCGAUAAACAAGAGAAAAUAGAAGUAUGCUCAGUUGCAAAAUCAGAAACAUCUGGCUCCGACCAUUCUGCUCUCUUUAAUCAACAACUGCAGUCAACAGCAAUGCUUCUUGUUUCAGAGCCCUCAACACAUGUUACUGUUUGUUGUGCUUUACCUGUCGCAACCGAUAAACGGCAACAGCAGCGAACACAAGUGCCUCUUGUUUCCCAAUGUUCAGUUGCUCGUUCUGCAUCUUCUAAUGAAUGUAUUAAUGCCAAGACACAGCCACAGCGAGAAGUAUUCGUGUAUUCUAGUUCACGACCACAAACGACGACCGAUACAGUACUUCAUAACACAUCUACUGUCGACAAGCAACCGCAACAGGUAACAUCGAAGCAUAAUGUUUCACAAUCAUCGGCAAAUCCCACAACUACUUCUGUCUCACAUGUGACUGUCAAAAAACAACAACAGGAGAGUCCAAUGCGUAGUACUUCUCGAUCGCAAGUACCUACGUCUAGCUCCUCUGCACUACGUGUUGACCGAGACAAACAAGAAGGAAUGGCAUCAGUUUCAAACUCAAAAACACACCUACACUCGUUUGAGGAACCACCUCGCUUACCCACAGAAUAUACAAAUCGUAAAACGAUGAAUUCGACAUACCGUACUGUCCCGAUUAAUUUAUGGAAAAGUGGUGAUGUGCUUGAUUUCCUAUUCGAUUUACGUCUCUAUGACAUGAUGCCCUUAUGUGAAUCGAUGUCAGGUAAAGCUCUGAUUCGACUUUUUCGAAUGUGUCAAGAAAAGCCUAAGCGCCUUUACAAUCAACUAAAUGAAGAAUUACGUAUUCGAUUCAAAGGCUUAACUUUACCAAUGGGAGUUUAUGCAGAAUUUCUAAUAGAAAUGGAUGAUUUAGUUGGUCUUGUGCCUGCUACAGUUUCUGAAAUACCUUGUCCAAAGACAAAGGAUGAGGAGCAUCCCACAUUCAGACCUCUUACUGUACAAGAGGAACCAAUAUCAAUGCAACGAAGUUCCAGACCCAUAAUAGAUAUGACAGUCUCACGAAGUCUGUCGCAUUCUGGCAUCCCGGUUGGAAAAUUACCAGGAAGAACAGCUUCUAAUAAUAUACGUUUACUUGAACGAUCAUUUGUGCAACCACCAUCAGCUCCUGGAAGACCGUAUAUGUUAAUUCUUGAAUCAAUUGAAGAAUCAACUGUACUUCUUCAAUAA